CUCAGAGGAGCCAGGGGCACCGGCUCGGUCCCGACCGUCUGCUUUCCCGACUGAAACGUCCAACCAAACGAACUUUAAUGUCGACGAAUGGACCUGGAGUGAACGGGUAGCUCGUCGCUGUAACGGUGUUAUGUCCAGGUGGCCUCAGAUGGAUUGAGUUAAACCUGGCAGAUGAUGGAGGGAGGUGUCCACAGAGGAAGAUGGAAUGGCACAAUGCUGCUCCUUGUGUGCAUGUUCAUCCCCACACUGACGCUUGCACUGCCUUCAGAUAAGUCAGAUCAGCAGCCGUGUCCAGAGGGGGACAUUUACACUGACGCUGAAAUUUGUUGCCCCAAGUGCUCUCCAGGUUAUAGGCUUGUAGAAGAGUGCCAUGCUCCAGGCCAGCGAAGUAACUGCACACCCUGUGCUUCCGGACUAUUCAUGGAUCAAAUGAACUAUGAAUACAACUGCAGAUCUUGCAGACACUGCAAAUCACAAAGACAUGAGGUGGAGGUAUCAGCAUGUACAAGAUUCCAGAACGCUAUUUGUCGCUGUAAGGACGGUUAUUAUAAAGUUGUUAUCAACAAAGACACAAAUGAAUGUCGCAAAUGUAAGCUGUGUGGGGAAAAUGAAGAGGAAAAACAAAAAUGUACACCAGACAGUAACACCGACUGUGAAUGUAAAAAGGGGUACUACAGAGUCAAAGGCAAAGUCAAGUGUGAACCCUGCAACAAUUGUACCGCUGAGUGCGAGCAUCUCUGCUCACCACCUUCCCCCAAGAUUACAAAAGGUCCUGAAUCGGAUCAGGGAUUUCUGUUAAAUUUGCUUGCUGGAGGUACAGUUGCAGUUGUGGUAUUGUUCGCCCUGGUGGUUUCCAUCACCCACGUGGUCACCAAAUGGUCUACCAAGAAGAGGUUGCUGGGCACGUCCUCCCAGUCAUCUGACAUCUCCACAGACUCGUGCAAGCAGGUCCUGAUCCAAGGGGACACUUCAAACAACAACAAUCUCAAAGUUGCUCCUCAAAGUCCUGUGACCGAACACGAGCAGCUGUCCAAUCUGCCUGACUGUGUCCCGUUCGAAAUCAAGAUCCCUGAGCUGAUCUACACCGUGCUGGAUCUGGUUCCUGUGCUGCAGGUAAAGCAGCUGGUGCGUUCGCUCGGUGUGAGGGACACAGAGAUCGAACAAGCAGAGCUGGAUCAUCGCUCCUGCCGGGAGGCUCACUACCAGAUGCUGAGGGUGUGGGCAGAGAGAGGGUCACGGGCAGGUGGAAUGCUGCACUGGCCUCUGUUGCACGACAUGUUGGAUGAACUGAGAAAGAUGCACCUGGGACAGGCAGCAGAGGAGCUGGAGACAAAGUACGGCAUUCAGUGAAUUCCCAACGCCUGCCAAGUGCAUCAAAAGGCUCAUGAAACCAAGUACUGUUCUCUUACGGACAGCCUUCAAACAUUCAAACGAACACGGUGCUAUCACCAAAGCAGUUUCAUUUCACAGCAACCAGCAUCACUGAACACUCUACCUCUUGUCCUGCCAGUCGCUCGCUGAGCUGACAGGCCAGACUACUGAGAGCCAUGGAUCAAAUGUGGGGGCAGAGUGAACACCAGUGUGAUUUUGCACUGCUUCGUAUUUUUAAAGAACUUUCAGCAGUUCAGUAUAUGUUCAUAUAGAUUAAAGCAUAUGAUAUAUGGGGAACUAUGCUUACUCACUUUGGGGCACAGUUAACUCAGCAGGACUCAAAAUGGCUCUAUCGACCUAUCAGCAUCUUUAAAGCUUGGUGAAUUCCAUGUUAUUUCUUGUUCGUGUUUUGUUUAUUUGUGUUUUGCUUUGAGGUGCUUUGUGGCCCGAUUAAGACAGAACAGCAGAAGAUCUUGCAGCAAAGUGCCUUGGGCCAAAAUCGAACGCGGGCCUUUGCUAAGGUCUCAGACUUUAUUCGGGGUGCAGUACUACCAAGUGGUGUAUUGGUGGAGGGGUUAUCCCUUGUUCCUUUAAUCUGAACAACAAAAAAAGUAUUAACGGAUCAGUUUGUGUUUCUCACAAGUAGUUUGGUGCUGGAAAUAUUUCUUGUUUUGAAGCAGUGAGCUAAAGAGUGCUGCUGGGUUGACAAAGUUUUGUAGGCUAACCCAGAAGUUAGCAUCGCCAUGGUUCCCUCGGCAAAAAGCCCGUGGGAUUUUUUAAUCAGUUGUAUUAUUGCUGAAAAUAUUAUUAUUUUCCCUUAUGCCUGUGGUGACCACAGACCUUUAUAUCAAGCAUUUAGCUAAAAACCCAUUAAGAAUCCUGCUGGCUUCGAGACAGAUAUAGAGAUACAGCUAGCAUUUCCAGUAUUUAUGCAAAGCUAAACUCAAUCUUUGUACUUUGUACAAUACAAACAAGUGUGAAAAAGCCUGUCUCCCACAAUGUCAAACGAAUUCUUCUCUCAGAUGCACUGUUCCUUUUGUUAUAUAGGUAACUAUUGACUGAUCACAUUUUUACUAUAAGCAAGUGUUAAUGUUGCUUUUUUUUUUACUGCAAACUGUUUUAUCCAAUUUGCCUGAAAUUUAAGCUACAUUUAUUGCCGAUAGUUUUUUGGGGGGGAGGAAAAGGAAGUGCAGAACCUAAAGAUUGAUCAGCCACAGAGGUAACUGGUUAUGUUUUAAAAAUAGUUCCUGGUUAUGCUGUUGAAAACGGCUUCUCCAGGAACAAUAACAAGGGGAGGGAAGUUUGUAGUUCCUUAAUGUAGACCAGACCCCUGCCAGUUUUCACAGCCUUUUUUAGAGCCACAUUUGCAUUCUUCUAAGCCCCCUCAUACAAGCAUUAUGCGUGACUGUUGGAGAAAACAGGACACGCCUUGUCUCAGUAUGCCUCAGCCAAGCUACUUUUAUAUAAUACCAGUCCUGGCCUGUAGAUUCAGAUAUGAAUCAGUUCUGCUCAGACAGACUGAAGACGUGUCAACCCAAGCACUUUUUUCUGUAUAUUGAUAUGUAUAUAACACAGCAUCAAAUAAAUGAUUUUAAAAUUUA